AUGCUUCCGCCCUUGCAGCUGCCGCAGGUCGAUGGCGCCGGUGACCUUGGCGAUGACGAAUUGGAUGGCGACCACCAGGACGACGACGCGCCAAGUGACGAUGCCCCUGGCCCUGCGACAAAGAAGGCAAAGAGCAAGCCGCGCAGGUGCACUGUGUGUCGCCAAUCGGGCCAUGACAAGCGCAGCUACCUCGCAAAGGCCAGGGCGUCGUUGCUACAGCUGCGCAAGUUGAAUGAUGAGUUACAGGCAGCGGUGCGCGAGCGAGACGAGGUACAGGAGGUGGUGGACGACCUCCUCGAUCCAGUGGAGCAUGACAGGGCCGUGCGCAGCCUGAAGGACAAGCAGGUGGUGGCUGACACGAAGCACCGCCACUUCCUGCACGCGCUGCAGGCCCUGAAAACAAUGCUUCUGAAUGAGCUACAGGAGUUUCAGGCCUGCAGAAGGGCUGCCAAGAGCCGGAAGGAGGCGCUCGCAGAGGAGCACGCGGCCAAGCAGGAGGCGCUCGCAGAGGAGCACGCAGCCAAGCAGGAGGCGCUCGCAGAGGAGCACGCGACCAAGCAGGAGGCGCUCGCAGAGGAGCACGCGGCCAAGCAGGAGGCGCUCGCAGAGGAGCACGCGGCCAAGCAGGAGGCGCUCGCAGAGGAGCACGCGGCCAAGCAGGAGGCGCUCGCAGAGGAGCACGCAGCCAAGCAGGAGGCGCUCGCAGAGGGAGCACGCGGCCAAGCAGGAGGCGCUCGCAGAGGAGCACGCGGCCAAGCAGGAGGGCGCUCGCAGAGGAGCACGCGGCCCUGA